AUGAUUAUCGAUGAUAGAGUGACCCUCAAAGACCGACUGUGUCUGAUAAAAUGGGGUUGGUACUCGAUGUCUAUGGCUACCGGGGGUAUUGCUGUCCUCCUCCACCGGACACCUCACCAAUUUACCGGACUUGAGGUCAUCGGCAAAAUCAUUUAUAUUUUAAACCUGAUCUUCUUUCUCACAAUUACACUAUGCAUGGCCGUCCGCUUUAUUUCUAGGCCAGCCGCCGUCAAAGAGUCAUUCCGAGAUGGCAAUGAAAGUUAUUACGCGCCCACAUGCCUACUGGCUAUUGCGACUAUCAUCCUCGGAGCAGAAGGCUAUGGAACCAGUGCUUGCGGCCCCUGGCUGCAGGUUGCCCUCCGAAUUGUCUUCUGGAUCUACGUUGCUCUCUCCGUUCUCUCAGCAAUAAUCCAUAACUGGUAUCUGUACCACCUAGCCAUGGCUCGCCAGCAACCUUUUCCAAUCGCCCAGUUACUACCCUCCUUCCCAGCUAUGCUUUCCGGCACGAUUGCAUCAUCCAUUGCGGCGAAUCAACCACGAGACCAAGCACUACCCAUUCUCAUCGGCGGUGUUACAUUACAAGGCUUCGGCUUCCUCAUGUCUUUGCUUAUUUACGCCGAAUACCAAUAUUUCCUCGCUAAGCACGGUCUUCCAGAACGGGCUAAGCGGCCACAGAUGUUUAUUGCUGUUGGGCCAUGGAGCUUUACUGCUCUUGCAUUGAUUGGCAUGGCAAAGGAGGCAGUGAAGGCCUUUCCUUCGCGAUAUAUCAUUUCAUACGCAGAUCCCAUGUCUGCAGGAAACAUCACCGUGAGCACUGGUGAUAUUGCAAUAGUGAUUGCCUCGUUCUUUGCAAUUUUUGUCUGGGCCAUGGCCUUCUUCUACUUGUGCAUCGCUGCUAUUAGUGUUUUGGCUUCUACUAGAAUAUUUGGAGGUGCGGGGGCCCCUCCCAUGUCUGUUGUGUAUUGGGGUAUGGUAUUCCCCAACACGGGAUUUAUUAUAGCGACAAUCAGUAUUGGCGAGGUCUUGCAAUCACCAGCUAUCCUGUGGGUCACUUCGGUUUUGACCGUGUUGCAAGUUAUCAUGUGGUUGGGUGUGGGAGGUGCUACCAUCCUUGCAGUUGCGAGACGUCAGAUGUUAUGGCCGGAGAGUGUCAAGAGAGGAGACGAAGACCAGCUUUCAUGA